AAUCCCCAAAUCAAAGUCAAAAUUCCUUAUUUCCUUUUCCCAUUUUCCUCUCUCCCGAUCCCGGACAAUGUGCGGAACUGCGGACAGCGGUGGAGCCGUGGAGUGACGACGCGAGCCAUACCGGCGGUGGACUGAGGACGGCUGAGCUGAGGUAGUGAGAUUUAGUGAGAAGGUUUUCUUGAUAACAAUUCCUUUGUGGAUGACUUUGUUGAAUAGAUCUGGCAACAAUAGCCAUGACUACGGAAGAAACAUCAAAGAACAAUAAACGACCUCAAGUGGUGAAGCUGGACAGAGCACUCAAAUUGGCAGAACAAUGGGUUACUAAUAUGGGUAAAUCAUCAGAUGAUGAUAAACCAAAUGGAGCCAUUCUAGAGAGUCGGCCUCCUAGGCUUGGAAUUGGUGCAAUAGUUCCCCGUGAAUCUAAACACGUACGUUCAAAUGAUCCCAUAGAACGAAAAUUGCGUGCUACAUUGAAUGCUAAAGAAAGGAAAGCUGAAAGGAGGGCCGACGAACGUGCAAUAUCUGCCAAUGAUAAAAGGGUUGAUGAAGACAGUGAUGACGACGAAUCUGAAAGCAAAACCAAAGCAUUUUCCAAGAAGAGACCUGCAGUUUUCCCCUCUCCUCUCAAUCCUAAGAAGAAACACAAAUAGAACAACAGAGCAGGCGCAUGACAUUGUUUAGAAGUCUUUGUAGUUUGUAUCCUCUGGAUGCGGGUUGUUAUGCCGUGGACCCAGGUCCACCUUGCAAGGUGGACCUGGGUCUACAUUCACAUACACUAUACUCUACAUUCACAAUUUGUAAACUCCACAUUCACACAUUACAGGAUUA